CAUCGCUUCCGGGUUAACAGUCACGGCGGCGGAAGUGAGACAUUCGCUACGACAAGGGGGGGGGGGGGGGUUACGCGAAAUCUGCCUUCGGUGCUACAUCCUGUCUCCUGCCUCGCACUCCCUUGCCUCGUCGUCCACCUCGUCGUCCCAAGGAGCCUUGCCAGGUGAAUUGCUGCAGCCAAGCGCCAACGGCCUGCAGUGCCAUCUACAACCAAGCCCCGGACUCGAACCCAGCAGCUCAGCGGUGCCGACUCAGCAUUCUCUGACCCCACCCCCUCCACUGAGCCCGCCCUUCCGGUGCGAAGCCAAAACGGUGCGAGAGCCCACGCCUGUGACCUGAGCCCCGGAGAACUACAGCCGAGCGCCACCAGCCGCCAGCCGCCAACCGCCAGCAAUGUCCAGCACCAACAACAUCGCACAGGCACGCAAGAUGGUGGAGCAGCUGAGGAUAGAGGCGAGCAUGGAGCGGGUAAAGGUGUCCAAGGCCGCCUCGGACCUGAUGCGGUACUGCAACGAGCACGCCAAGUCCGAUCCGCUGCUGGUGGGGAUUCCCAACUCCGAGAAUCCCUUCAAGGACAAGAAGCCAUGCACCAUCCUGUGAUGUCUGCACAGCUAGCAGCACGCACGCACACACGCACGUACGCACGCAUACCUUACACAUGCACACGUACACACGUACCUUACACACGCACCUUACACACGCACGCACACGCACUUAUCUGCUACACUUCUGGUCCAGCAGCCACGGCCUAAUCCAGGCACACGCGCGGGAGGUCUGGCGGGCAACGAUAACCGCCUGGCGUGACACUAUUUGGCCACCCGGCGCCCAGAUUUUCGCAAAACGCCUGCACGUAGUCGAUUUGGCCCCCAUUAGGUCAGUCCGUUGGCCUGUUACCAACCGCUCAGCCGACGUCUGCACGCAUGGACACACACGUACGCGCACACAGAUGCAGAAUACACUCAGAGACGUACCCCGUCUAACCCUGUUAGCACGUAGGGACAAGUGCUGUAAGCGAGCACCUAUCGAGGCAGUGAAAGCGCAUCAAGCGGCGGUGGUGUGGUGUGGUCGACGCCGCCGCGCGUGCCCAGCCGCCUUUGUCUCCCCAGCGCCAGUGUUAGAUCGCCACGGCAGGUGCACGUUUUAAGGCUGAGUCGACCUCGGGGAGGAAGGGGUUUAUAGAUGGGGUUUAUAGGUGCGAUGUGCCACUGAUGACUUGUCGCGGCAGGCAGGGAAUCGAGCCCGUGUGGCUGGGAUUACUAGUGCAGCGAGUGAACCACUGCACCACCGCACUCUCAAACACACACACACGCUCACAUUCACACGCAUUCGCGCGCACACACACACGGGCACCCAUCAUUUGUGUUCAUCAACAAGAAAACACAGCACCCCCCACCCCCUUCCGACUGACUGGCUGACGGGUUCGAUCCACGGUAGCAAGUGUGAUUGUGGGAAGGGGAGGAGGGGGGGGGAGGAGGUUGUAACCUCCCUCCCCGCCUCUCUCCAAUUCCAGUCGCCCCCCAAGCUGGCACCGCUGAUGAGUAGGUAUGUAACGAUGCAUCGAUUGGUGGGCCAGGGUCGAUUCGCACGCUCGCGUGAGAGUCGACUUUGUUUUGCUUCCUGUACCGUCGUCUUUUUGUUGUCUUCUCCGUGCGUUUGGUUCUCGUGGAGAAACCCUGGCAGCCACUCGCGACGCAACUCUUUCACCGCGAUGGGAAUUUAAAUAAGAUCGUCAUCUGCAUAAUCGAUUACCGAAUCGAUUCGACCCCCGCCUUCCCCCCCCCCCACCGCCUCCCCCCCCUCCCCCCUAAUUGUGACGGUUGCCAAAUCCUUGCAAUGUGCCGACAAAGUUAAAUUGUGCGAAGCGUGUCUGUGCGCUGUCCUGGUGGAUUAUAGGUAAAUCAUAUUCUAAACGAAUAAACAACAAAAAAUCCAAGGAUCAGCUUUGUCACCAACAAACAUUUUUUUUAUUACAUGUUUUAAGUCCAAACUUACCAUCCUUGAGAAUCGAGGUUUUUUUGGUUUCGGCGACAUUCUCACUCGCGACCGGUUUUGCCUCUCUCGGGUCUCAUCAGCAACAUGGUAGACCAGAAGUUUGUCUUUUAUUUGUAUUCUCUUGACGCCCCCCCCCCCCCCAGUUAAAGAAACGAAUUAUUCAGAGCCAGAGGGAAGGAAAUAAUUUCAAGGUAUAAUCGACGAUCGCGAAAUGUGUCCACAGUGUCAUAUACAUCAAAGAGUUCUUAACUUUUUUAUUGGCAAUUUGACAGGAGAGUCUGAAAUAUUUUUGGCGAGGCGGGGGGGUGGUUGAGGAGGGAGGUGGGCAGGGAACGUCCCCCUUUCCCCCCCCCACUCCCCACCCAACCUCCCUCUGCAGUUACCCAGUGACCCCAUUCUUCGGAUUGUAAGACGCUCCCGAAGGUAAGACGCACCCUCAAACCUGUGGCAAUAAAGCCAUGCAAAUCUGGCCUCACGCGCACAUCAAACUAAACUAUUUGGUUUUUUUUUCUAUUUGGCCAGGUGAGGCCCCACUGAGCUGCAUGGCUCUCGUUCAGAAGCGACAUCGCCACAAAUGAUGGCUCAACGAAAGGUGGCCUAUCACGUGGACAUUUAUAGCAGCCAAAUAUAUUUGAAUAAACCUCCCGGAUUAAUUAUACGAAGUCGCGCUCUUAACUUUUGGCGGGGGGAGGGGCGAGAAGGGUUGGGGGGGGGCGGAAAAAGCAAGCGCGUCUCACGAUCCGGAGAAGGCGGCACCACUCAUCGAUCCCACAGCGAACAACAAAAUAGCGAGGUGGGGGGGGGGGCGGGGUUUGGUUGGAUCUCUCUCGAUCGCUUUGUGACGCGUCGAGUGACGUCAGCGCGCGCGCGCGCGUGGCACGCGGAGUGUUGGAGCGUGCGUCGCCUGUCCCCCUCCCAUGCCCCUCCACACACCCUGGACCCGACCGCGCGGACUCUGCCGUUGCUGCUGCUGCUGCUGCAGCAGCACACGGCCGCGCCUGCCUUGUCCACUACCCGGCUCGCAGCGGGCAAACAAAAUGAAUCCUUUCAACUUCUCGUUGUGCUCGACGAAGUCGCGGUGCCCAUUACUGUCGGCGGCCCAUCCCAAUUGGGCCUGCACUCCCGAGAGGCCUACCCCUUGCCACUCGACGUCGAGCGCCUGUCGGCUGCCCAAGUGCGAUGCCUGAUAACUCGUCGCCGUGCCUUUGUGUUUUUUUUUUUGGGGGGGGGGGGGGUCUGCCCCAAAAGUGAAGUGAUUUAGACUUUUUUUAAUAGUUUCGUUCAGUUUUUGCACAGCUUACCCAGACAUAUUCCCAGUGCCUGUCCGUCCAGCGUCCGACUGACGCACGCACGCGCGUCGCGCUCGGCUCCUUAGCCUAGGCGUGGUGGUUGACACCCGUUUUGCCAACCUCGUUACCGCAGUGAUUGGCAUCGUUAUCAUCACUGCUAUCAAUAAGUGGCUGGCACUCAUGACAUUAGAUGGCUGCUUUGGCGUGCCCGUGUGUGUCUGCCUGUGUGUGAUUGUCUCUAUGUCUGUGUGUGUGUCUGUAUUUGUAUGCGUGUCUUAUUUGUGUCUCUGUGUGUUUACGUGUGAAUGUCUGUGUGUAUGUAUAUGUCUGUAGUUGGACGUGCCCGUGUGUGUGUGUAGGCCUAUGUGUUUGCCAGUGUGCGUCUGUGUGUGUCUCUGCGUAUUAUGUAUGUGGUGUGGUUGUGUAGACUCGUGUAUGCGUGUGUGUGUGCAUUUAUCUGUAUCGUGUCGACGCAGUUCCCUCUUUAACAAAAUCCAUUUUGAUAUUAAAACAACAGGCAACAUGUGCACCACAGUAUGUAGCUGUAACCAAGACCAGGUCUCUCGAAUAAAAUUGCAAAAACAAAAUAGAUACAAUUUCUAAUAACAAAACACUGGCGUGCCAUAACACAAGCACACGCACAUUCAUAACACACACACACGGAAAGUCGUACAUUCAUAACACAACACAAACAUGCAAAGUCAUACAUUCGUAACACAAUCACACGCACAUGCUAGAAGAAUUAAUCUAUGUGUAACACACACACACCGCAAUCAAACAAGAACAUUCAUUCGUACAAUCGCGGCAGAUGUGAUUCUGUUCAAUUCUCCAUCUAUGGGGGAGGGGGGGGGCUACAAAAAAACUCAUCGUUCGCGGUGUUCCGUAGAUGUUGAACAGACGUGGCUUUAGUUUAAAGGCCCCCCUUAAACACCUCUCCUAAACACCACCCCCUCUGCCCCCCACGCUCAAGGUCCCUUCUGUUCACCGAAGGAAGACGCAGGCAGGGGUGGACCCCUCUCCCGAGCAAACACAACGCGCGCACCGCCCCUCUUAUCUUUGUAUCCAACACACAGAGAGACCCCCCCCACCACCACGCACACCUUCAUAACCUUAACAGACUUUUGGGGCAAGUUGCUGUCAGCGAGUGCCACUUAUGAAGGCAGGGCGCCGGGGCACACGAGGGCGGAUCGCCAGCACCACAAUCCGACAGCCUUUGUCUCCCAAGUGGCGAUGGUUUUUGUUGUUGUUGACACACCGGACCUAGCGGGGAUGGGAUGGGGGGCUCAAGGAUAGGUGCAGAUAAUCGUCACUCGUGUCCGGUGGCCGUGAGCGGAAAUCGAACUCGGGCCGCCGGAUUCGCAGUGUAGCGCAGCGCUAACCACUGCACCACCGCUCCCCAUCCGUAUCUCAACAAAGACGAGCACACGCGCACGCGCGCACAUGGACACUCACGCCGCCUCUAUUACUGCAUCGUCCGGGGCUGCGUCAAAGCGGAAGUUGUCUCCGGUUUUUUUUUCAAUUCCAAUUUGCGAAGCUUUGAAACUCGUGGCCACGAACGGCCCAGCGACACCGCGCGCGCGGCACCGGACAGGGUAACCACGACAACAACAACAACACGCGUAGACCCGCGUGCUCACGAUCAUAAGACGCUCCGCGAAGUAAGACGCAGGCCCCUUUCCCCACCCACUCCCCCAUCCAAAAAAAACCCUGUGCCCGGUCUCCAUAGAGUAGCACAAUUCCGAGCUCACGCGCACGCACCUACCGGAUAAUGUAACCCCCCCCCACCCCGCACAUUUGCUUUGAGUACGGGGGGGGGGGGGUGCUUCUUAUAAUCCGGUACAAGAUUAAAGAGCUGGUGUUUGUGUUCCGGGGAGCGUGGGUGGUGAGUGAGUAGGAGUGAGUAGGAGUCGUUCUUUUUCCUUCAGCGCGCUGUUAUUUGAGGAAGGUGGUAUUUAAACAGCCGAGGUGUGGUUGCGUUUGGGGUGGGUGGGGGGGGUAGAGGUGAUUUACAAUUAUAAUUAUUGUUACUAUUAUAAUAUCACGUAAUUACUUUAUUGGUGUUAACAUGAAAGCUAAGUGGAUGCAUCUGUGCCGUAGCCUUGAGUGUGUUUUUUUUUCCUAAAUGGGUUUUCUGUGCCAUGUCUAACUUCACAUACAUCCACCACCGCCACCACCCCGCAUUCAAACAACAACAGCAGCAGCCCGACAUUCGCCACCACUAAGCGACGGAUGACGUCACGCCGCAGGGCUUGUGCCAGGCCAGGUGCAACUCACCUUGCGAGGCUCCGUGGCGCGCGCAAAGGUGCGCGGGGAUUUCCCCCAGGAUACCCUCCCCAGGCUGUUAUAGGUUUAGCGGACUGAGACGAUUGAGACGACGGUGAUGAUGGAUGGUGAUGGGCAGUGAUGAUGGUAAAUGCACCACGUGUGCUAGUCCGCUGCUGUGCUACCUCCCACACCCCCUCGAUUCUCAACUCGCGGUCGCAAGUCGUCUUCUUGUCACGUGCAGUCGGUGCACCGCUACAGUGAUUUGUGGGCUGUCUCUUUGUUCACUCUCCUCUCUCUCUCUCUCUUCUGAUCUCUGGCGCACUGACUUUACGUAGUGACGGCUGCAUUAAACCACUGAGCGCUAAGUACCACUGAAAUACUCAAUUGGUAAUCAAGGCAUUGAAAGGCAAUUGACUUUGUGUUAUUAAUUAUAGUAUGUGUUUUGUUUUUUUGUCAAAAUGGGUGUUUGGUUGGUAAAGAAUAUUUUUGAUGUUGGUGUUAGGAUACUGCUGUCGCUCAGCAUGGUGAGGUAUGGUCAUAUUAAACCCUGUGACCCGCACAGCCGAGGGGAGGUCCUCAUCCAGCAGUGAAUUGACCAAGGGUUGUACGUGAACAAUGUACAAAUCUUGAUUUAAAGCUUUCGUGACUGCAGGGAUUCAUAUUCUUGGUUCUUUCGGUAAAAAAAUUCUUGCUGUGGUUUUCACACCUGAUGAUGAUUGCUUGUGUUGCAGUCGAAACGUCGUGAGAAUUUGUUUAAAUUGUUUUAUUGUUUCCCUUCUACGUGGCUUUACCGAAAGAACCAAGAAAAAUGUACAAAUCUAUUGCCAUAGCUGCCACUGAUGAAGCCAAAGUCCAUUUAGAAAAUUGACACCGCACAGCCAAUUAGCCUACAUGCUACAGACAUGUAUUUAAGAACCGCGGUCAAUUGCUCUAUAGUCGUGCCAUUCCAGAAAUAUACGAAUAUAUUUACAGUGAGACUUUGGAGUAAAACAAAAUGAACUCUUAAUUUUAUUACCACUCUCAGUUUGCCUACUGCAACGCCGGGAAUUAUAGAUCCUCACGAAUCUCAUUGAUGAACUGAUUGGUUUGUUAAUUGAUUAAAUGGUUGGUUGUUUUGUGAAUAGAAUGGUUACUUGAUUGUUUGAUGGGUUGGUUGUAUACUUGAUUGAUGGUUUGGUCAGUCGAUUGAUUAAUUGAUUUUUGCAUUGGUUGAUUAGUAUGGCGAUUAAUCGAUUUAUGAAUUAGUCAGUUGGUUGAUUAAUGGAUUAAUUGCGCGGUGGGGAAAUCCCUUAAUUAACGUGCCAUGGUUUUUUAUACAAACGCGGGAUGCGACGCGGGGCCUUAAACUACACUUCAUGAUGCUUAAUUACUCGGCUCGAGAAAUUGGCAAACGAUAAAUUCACAACAACAGGUGAAGUCGCGGUUAUUUUUCCCGAGGAUGUCAACUCAUCUCCUGUUUACAAGCCCCCGGGAAAUAGCGGAGGAAAGUCCACACUUCACAAUGCCGGUGGACGAGCCAUUGACCAUCCGAUGGCCAAAUUGUCAAAUAAUUUGCGCCUUGAUUUAGAUCUGAGCCUCGGUCAACAAUCACUCUGGGCUGUACGCUGGACGCGACAACACCGCGUGAAACGUUGCCACUGAAGACAAAUUUACAAAUUCACACCGCGCGUUAUAGCGACCAUCACUGGUAAAUCGCACGACGCCGACAUCACGUGACACGAGUUGCUGUAUUAACCCGACCUAUAUUAAAUACUUAGGUGUAGCCUUUACACGAUUU